AGUGCAAUGAUCUUGAUCGUGAUCUUAAAUCACAUUUCACGAAGAAAUGGUGCACCUGCUGACACCCUCUGAGAUAUCUACUUUGUCCAUACAGACCCUCAGUGCCCCAGCCUGCUCCAAACUCACCAGCGAGGCCAGUCAGUCGGCAGCUUCAAAAAUUAUCUGCCUGUAAACAGUUGACUCUGGACAUGGAGCUGAUGGAGAACGCCCCCUACCUGGACCAGCUACUGGACUUUCUCAAGGGGAAGGAGGAAUGGUUACCUAGGAGUCUCACCGGUCGGGCUGUUCUGGUGGGAUCAAUUGCCGGAGUAACCGUUUAUCUGAUCACAAAGAAGAGGUACAAUUUACCGCCUGGGCCCCGAGGAUUGCCGUUGCUUGGGAACCUCCUAGAGUUCCGGAACGCAAGUAUCUACGAGAAGUUGACGGAGUGGAGGGCUAAGUAUGGUCCAGUUGUGAAGUUUAAUAUCGGACACAUUACAAUUGUGGGACUGAACCGCAUAGACGUCGUCAUGGAGGCCAUGGUUAAAAGACAGGCAGACUUUGCUGGGCGGAUUCAGUUGUAUUCCACACUACUCCUCAGUGAUGGAGGGAGGAAUAUCGUCUUAGGCGACUACAGUCCUACAUGGAAACUGCACAGAAAGUUGGCAACAAAAGCACUGAGACACUACAUGACGGGGAACCACCUCGACGAGGGAAUAGAGCGCUCACUGACCAAAGGCAUCGCGAAGAUAAAGGAGAUGAAGGGGCCCUUCAAUCCUCAUGACGUCGUCUCCCUCAUCGUGUUCAACAUCAUCAACAACAUCUGCUUUAAUUUCACAUGUGAGAUUAGAGACAACUACUUCAAAGACAUGCUGCACAUUUUGGAUACGUUUCUGGACGACUUCGGCAACGGCUUUCUUUAUAAUGACAUCCGUGAUUUCUGUGAUGCCCUAUUGGCGACUCAAGAAGAAGCCUGUCAGGAGGAGGACCCGGAUGUGAUGUCACAAAUGAGCGACCGACAUAUCACACAAACUCUUGGCGACAUAUUUGGUGCGGGAAUGGACACCUCUCGCCACACCCUGCUGUGGACGCUACUGACCCUGGCUCAGCAUCCAGACAUUCAAGACAAGCUUCACACUGAGGUCGACCAUGUUCUGGGCGGACGUGAAUUCCCCAGUGUAUCAGACAGGAGUAAUCUGCCUUACACUGAGGCUGUGCUGCACGAGAGCAUGAGGUUGCAUUCUGUGGUACCAAGUGGAAUUCCCCACAAAACACUGUGCGAUACCAAAGUCGGUGGUUAUGACAUUCCAAAAGGAACUACCGUGAUCAUCAACCACUACGCGCUGCAUCAUGAUCCAGAGCAAUGGACUGACCCGCAUACAUUCAAUCCAGAUCGGUUCCUUGACCAGAAUGGCAAGAUGGCUACCAAACCAGAGAGCUGGCUUCCGUUCUCCGCGGGGAGAAGAGUGUGUCUCGGAGAGAGCGUGGCCAAGCCAGAACUGCAUCUUCUGCUGGCUGGAAUCAUGAGGCAUUUCAAAGUGUCCCUCCCACCUGGAGCUAAGGUGAACACAGAGCCACGCGGAGGAUCUUUCGCAAACAUACCACAGGAUUAUGAACUCACCUUUGAAUCGAAAGUAUAGCUGAUAUUUCUCAUGUGAUUGAUGUGUAAUGACAGGAACACAAUUGUAUGACAGUCUUAUUCAUACAUAUAUUCUAGCGUAAUCAGUGGUAAGUAUCCAACGUCAAAAUGAAUGCAAUAAUGCAAUUUUGAGUUUUGCAAUAUUCCAGAUACUUGUUAUCAGCCUGGUAGGCGCACAAACAGAUGCUUAAUAGUCCAUUCAUUCCUAAGGGACCUUAUGAUUCUAGGUCCUUAAUGCAAAGAUCCAACUUGUGACACAUCUGAUGACUUAACUGAACAUUUGGAGACAAAUGGUCUUUUAACUGAGGACCUUCUGUGACAUUCGAGGAACCGCAGUCAAAUCAGUCUCGUUGAUAUUGCUAAGAUAAUUAACUUAUACAGAAUAACAUACAACUGAAGACAUAUGAAUGAAUGUCUCAAAUGUCUCUGACGACAAGUUACGAAUCUAUGAUGAUAACUAUAUAUAUACACCGGGUUUCACGUGCAAGAUAAGUACUAUUCACUACUCAUUUGUUGUAUUCAAGAUUUUCUCAGGAUGGUGUUAAUAUUGAUAAUGUGAUACAUACACUUUCAAUGAUCAAUUGGUAUACCGCUCACAUUGCGUUUUUUACUCUGUAUUAUUGUUCAAAUCUAA